CCCCCCUUCCUCCUGCUAGCCAACCCUAAAUAUCAUACCCCUUCUGCCAUCUAGACUCCCAUAUCAUACCAACACCAACAACAAUAACUUACCCACACAUUCACUCAAUCACACGCCCACUUUUUCCCCUCUUACUGUACUUGUACCCCCUCGACGGUUAUCUCUUAACCGCUCCCCCGCUCUUUCUUCCUUUCCUUUGUCCUCCCGCCCUUUCUCCAUCCUCUUCCUGUCCUUUCAGGCGCACCAACUGCCCCCCUCCCCCCGUCAACAUCCCGUUUUCCUCCUGUUGCUUGUCGAUAUGCAAUACGUUCGAAGUAUCAGUGGAUCGGUAUCCAAGACAUGGAAUUCGAUAAAUCCUGCGACCCUGAGUGGUGCUAUUGACGUAAUAGUCGUUGAACAGGAGAACGGUGACCUCGCAUGCUCGCCGUUUCACGUUCGCUUCGGAAAGUUUUCUUUGCUACGGCCCUAUGAGAAGAAGGUCGAAUUUCGUGUCAAUGGUCAGAAGACCGAUUACUCCAUGAAAUUGGGCGAGGGUGGGGAGGCCUUCUUCGUUUUCGAAACCAAUCAGAUUGUCCCGCCUGAAAUGCAAACUUCGCCGUUAGUAUCUCCGUCUGCUAGCCCUCGGUCAAUGGCCUCGGUCCCCGAACCGUCGUCGCUGCAGGAGCCAGAUUACCUGAAUAUUGCCGACACUUCAGGGCGAAAGGCAGAUUCCACGGGGGAUGUUUUACCGAAUCCGAGACGGGCCCGGUCUGAUUUUGGAAACGCGACGCCACUAUCUUCUUCGCCAGACAAUCCUCGGCCGGCGAGCGGUGAUUGGUCUGGGACUGCUGUCAACCUCGAGCGGUCCGCUUCGGAGGAGGUACUUCCUACGUCGACUCGGCGGUAUACCAUGUCAGGACAGGGCGGGCCGGUUCGCACUCGUUCGCCCCCGCCAAUUGAUCACGCGGCGGCUGUGGAGAGGGCGCUUGCCCUUUCUCGCAAGCUUUCCAUCAGUAACAUUCCAACACAUAUCACUGAUCGCGGUGACGUCAUGUUGGACAUGAAUGGGUACAAACUCGACCAGGAGGAGUCCUUACAGGCUGAAAUGAUUGCUCGGAAGAUCCUGGCGGAGGAGCUGGAGGGUGACUAUGAUAUUGGCUCUUUGAUUGGGGCUGAUAGGAACGGGAACCUUUGGAUCUACUCAAGUGAGGAGGCGAAAGAGAAGGCUGGACGAGAGGAAGGCAUUUCUCAGGGGAUUGAUGCGGUUUCGGACGCGGGGUAUUCCUCGGAUGAAGCGAGGAGCGAUUCGUCUUCCGAGUCUGCAAAGAAGAGGAUCGAUCGGUUGUCGACCCCACCCACUACCCCUCCACUUCCUGGUCAGGAGGAGGGCGGAUCAAAGAGCUACGCAAAGACUCUUAGACUUACUUCGGAGCAAUUGAAGAGCUUGGAUCUGAAGCCCGGUGCUAAUGCUAUUAGUUUUAGCGUUAACAAGGCGACAUGUACGGCAUUCAUGUAUCUUUGGAAGUCCGAUGUCCCGAUCGUCAUAUCCGAUAUUGACGGGACUAUUACAAAAUCCGACGCCUUGGGACACGUCCUGACCAUGAUUGGGCGAGAUUGGACCCAUUUGGGUGUUGCAAAGCUGUAUACGGAUAUUGCAGCCAAUGGGUACCAUUUACUCUACCUGACGAGUCGGUCGGUUGGGCAGGCGGAUACCACCAGGAACUACCUAAAUGGUAUUGUACAGGACAAGUACAAGCUACCAAAGGGUCCAGUGAUUAUGAGCCCAGAUCGGACAUUUUCGGCAUUGAGAAGGGAGGUGUAUCUGCGUAAGCCCGAAGUAUUCAAGAUGGCCUGUUUACGAGACAUCCUUAAUCUCUUCGGAGCCAGGCAUAAUCCAUUCUAUGCUGGAUUUGGAAACAGACUCACGGACGCGCUCUCAUACCGCUCUGUCAACAUCCCUUCUACUAGGAUUUUUACUAUCAACUCUUACGCCGAAGUUUCACUGGAUCUGCUAACUCUAACAAAGUACAAGAGCUCUUAUGUCAACAUGAGGGACCUUGUCGAUCACUUCUUCCCGCCUGUCGGGCUGUUGAGCACCGAUGAGCAGUAUACGGACUUUAACUACUGGAGAGAUCCAGUGCCUGAUCCGGAGGAGUUUAGCGAUAGCGAGGCUGAGGAAGCUGGUGAGGAGGAUGAGGAUGAAGAUGGUGAGAUGGCAGAUAGCUACUAUGAAGAGCACGGGGAGAUGGCCGAAAUCUACAUGGAGAACGCAGACGGGGAAGACGAGUACGAUGAAGACGAAGAGGAAGACGGCGAAGAAGACGAUGAUGAAGAGGAGGAGGAUGAGGAGUACGAAGAAGAGGAGAGUGAAACGGCUGAGAGCAAAAUCGAGCAACAUCCCAAUGGCGCCCAAAAGGAAAGGGAGGAACUCACAGCAGCUGCCAAGGCCGAAGAAAAAACAGAGUCCAAAAUCCCCUUCGUCGGCGGCAGGAUGGGCGGGAUGAAAAUGGACCUCGAUACCAACCGCCUCACACAAGCCAAGGAAUUUGCAGAGAGGGAAUUGAGCGGGAUCGUGGACGAAGUAGUCGGCGAGAUCAAGGCACUCACAACCGACUCGAGUAAACCCGAGGCGGAAAACAAGGGUCAAGAAGAAAUCGACGUUUCAGCAUAGGAGUUGGGCGAAGGUUAUCAGUGUGCACGGUAGCAAGCAACAGAUGGUAUUGCUAAGGGGUUGGGAGGGAAGUGCACAUAAAAGUACACUGCACUUAUUACAUAGCAUUGUUUUCUCUUUUUUUGUUUUCUCUUCUUUCUUUAGCUCUUGUCCGGCGCGCGGUUUAUAAUAUCCUCUUUUUCUAUCAUUCGGAAAUCGGAGUAUCCUGGGUUUUGCUUGUUACAAUUUUGUUUUAUUUUUUUCCAUAUUAUCAAAGCUUGCAUUGCUUGCGUUCCUGUUCCUUUUUAUCCAUUCUUUUCGCUGCUACCGCGGUAAACAUGUAUUAUCACUCGCGUUGAAUAUACCUUUUUUUCUCUUAA